CAGUAGGCCAUUUUGUUAUAAGAGUGGACGUUGAAAUUACAAGUUUGAGUGAAGUAGAUUUAGUGGAUUUUCUAAAAGUAUAAUUAUACUUUUUUAAGAGUUUGUUUGCAAUAAUAUAAAAUGGGCCGGAAGAAGAAGAAGGCUUCAAAACCAUGGUGCUGGUAUUGUAAUCGGGAGUUUGAUGAUGAGAAGAUUUUGGUUCAACAUCAAAAGGCUAAACACUUUAAGUGUCACAUAUGUCAUAAGAAAUUAUAUACAGGGCCAGGAUUAUCAAUUCAUUGCAUGCAGGUUCAUAAAGAAACCGUAGACAAGGUGCCGAACUCUUUGCCGAACCGCUCUAAUAUUGAGAUAGAGAUUUUUGGUAUGGAUGGAAUUCCAACAGAGGAUGUUCGAGAGCAUGAACGACAGAAAAAUGGCGGUAAAUCAGAUUCUGAUGAUGACGAACCAGCUGUAAAGAAAAAAGUUGAAAUACCUUUAACGGCUCCUCCUCCCAUGAUGAUUCCACCAAGUAUGAUGCAACCGAUGAUUGGUCAGUUCGCGCCAAUGGGACUGAUGUCCAAUAUGCCGCCAAUGGCACCAAUGCCUCCAUUUUUAGGUCCGGGUGGUAUACCAAUGAUGCCACCGCACAUGAUGCCACCACGACCUCUAUUCCCUGCAGCUAUGGCAGCCACAACUUCUGCGGCAGCAAUACAUGCUCCCGUAGUUCCACAAAAGCCCACGUUUCCUGCGUACAGUAAUGCCACUAUUAGUGCACCACCAACAACCAACAAUCAAAGUGCCACAGGAAGUAGUGCUGUACUACCUGAGGCGCCGAAGGCACCAGCUGUACUUCCUGCUGGAAAUUCUGGUAGCUAUACAUCGAAAAUCAUGCAUCCACCCGAGGAUCUAAGCUUGGAAGAGUUACGUGCGCGCAAGCCAAAAUAUCAGAAAUUAUACAACUGUGUUGGGAGCAAUAAUCAUAGCCAACGCAUAACAUCAAUUGGUACACAAAAUAUCAAUCAUAAUACAGUUGUCAGUAGCGGAUCAUCUACAACAAUUCCAACAAAUUCGAGUACGUCGAGUGCAGCGGCUGCCCAGGCUACAGCUAUAUCAAAGGCCCAGGAAGCUGCUGCAAUGGUAGCGGUUGCACAGGUCCAAGCAGCUCAAGUGCAAGCACAAGUACACGCCCAGGCGCAGGCUCAAGCACAGGCUCAGGUGCAAGCAGCACAAGCGCAUGCGCAUGCACACGCUGCGGCACAGGUACAAGCGGCGCAAGUUCAGGCACAGGUGGCACAAGCACAAGCACACGCUCAAGCGCAGGUCGCUCAAGCGGUAGCCGCACAACAGCAGCAACAACAAAAACAAUUGGAAGAUCUCAAUCGGGCUGUGAUACUGCAGCGUUUACAGGCCACACGUCCAGGACAUCCGCAAACGGCACUUGGCGCAUCCGCUGGCCCCGCGGUAGGCAUGCCAUAUACCAACGAUAUAUAACUCCAAUUACAUACGUGGUCAUAUAUGACGUCAUACAUGGCUAUACAGUCAGCAAGAUGCUAUAAAUAUUUUUCAGGCUUCAAUGUGUUGGAUUUAUAUUUCAGAUGCUCCAAUAUUACACAUGUAAACACCAACAAUCAAAAGAACCUAAAGUGCCAUAACUCAGUCACUAAUUACGCUCCCAAAUUCGAAUUCGGUACAGGGGUUACUUAAGAGAUAGUCACGUGUGGUAUAAAAUGUGUUUAAAACUGUAAUAUAUUUUUUUUACAUGACUCAAAACUAUUUUAUUUACAUUAAGUAUACUUAGUAGAAAUAUUGAUUUAUAGAAUUUUAUGAUAUGAGGUGAAAUUCGGCAAUAGUCACACACAGCAUUUGACGAUUAUGUUAAAAUCUAUUGUACAAAUAGUGCUACAAUAGCAUAAUGAAUAACGUUAAAAAUUAUUAAAUUUAAUUAUUUAUAAUCAGGUUAUGGUUAUAUGUAGAUAAGCACACUACUUCCCUUAGAAAACUCUUUGGAAUUAUAUGAUAUUCUAGCUGUUUUGGAGUCAAACUGUAUCAGUCAGAUGUCCUAUGGUACAUGCGCUUCUCUCUUUUGUGUAAAAAUGCUUAAUUCCUCAAUAAAAAAUCUGUGUACUUAUGCAAAAUCGGUUAGGAACUUCCCUUUGUCCCUAUCUCCUCAGAACGAUGAUUUUGGCUUUCCGAUUGACUUUAUACCAUAUAUAUUUGUAUAUCAAUAUGGGAGGUAUCUUAAUGAACUGUAAUGGACAUGCUUUCUGGGCGUGUUUCUCUUAUCAGUACCAAAAAUUAGCUAAAUCAAUUUCUACUUUUCGCCAAGCAUUACAUUAGCUUAGCCGUACUUUUCAAUCCAAAUUAAGUAAUUUAUGUAUUUAAACAAACAUAUUUACUAAUUUUUAUGAAUUUGGAUAAUGCAAAUUAUCUUUAUCUUUAGUUUUCAUAAAUUUCUAUUGGAGGCUUGUUAACAGUCUCAUUUAAUUUGACCAUGUAUAUCCAUCGAAAUAAUUGAGCAAACAUCCUGAUAAAACUUCAUACAUAACUUCUAUGUGCACUUAUGAACUAUGGAACGGCCCAAAUACAAAAUGUAUGUAUAUUAAAAUUUGGAUACAUCACAGAGCUAAUAAGAUGGAUAAAAUGGCAAAAGGAACCUAUUUUACUGAGAAAAUAAUCUAUAUCUAUUGUAAAUUUCAUAUUUUCUCAAUUUGACUUGUGCCAACGGGAAUCGAUAAAAACAUUGUGUAUCUGACAUCAAGUAAAAUAAAUAACCACGUAUAACGGGUUUUAACUAAGAAAAGAGUGUAGCAAGAGUAAGUAUUUUUAUAUUACCAGAAUAUUUUAACAAAACUCUUCUCUUUGUCGUCGCUUUUAAACCUAUAAGCAAGACCUUUAUAUUAAUGUCUAUGUUGGUCUGUAAAAAUAUAAGAAAAGUUGUAACAUAGUUACAAUCAGAGUGAAAGUCUUUCCACUAAAGAUCCUGCUGAUGCUUUAUGUUUUAUAACAUAUUAGAUAUUUACAGGAACAAAUGGUAGAUUCUGUUUCUUUACAUGGCUUCUGAAAAGACUUUUUAAAAGGAGCUACUGAUUUGAUGUAUUUAAUGCCCAGUUGCUUGGGUACUAAUUAUACAUAAUUAAUUACACUGAAUUACUAAAAACGCCAUAUGCUAUUACCUUCUACUAGAAUUAUUUGAAAACAGAUCUUUAAGAUUAAUCUAUGUCUUUUGACAACAGCCUAAAGCGAUGUGUCAGAACACAAGCAGUUUUGAGUGUACAAAUAAGCCAACAAUCAAAGAAAUGUUUGAUACAUAAAUAAGAUAAGUAACAUAAUAAAUUCAUUAAAAGCAAAAAAAAAAGAUAAUAUCAUGUAAGUACAAUUUUCACAAUAUUAGUAUACAUAAAUAAAUUGUCGUAAUAAAUAGUUGCUGAGUUGGUUGGUUAAUUGAUUGAUAUGUCUUACAAAUAUCUCAAUGUUAUUUUUUCUGUAAAUUACAAAAGUGAUGGGCCAUUUAGUGUAUUUUAUUUUUAUGCAAGAACAACAAAUAUUGCAUUUGCCACAAAUUUUAUUAUAAAUAAUAUAAUAUGUAAGUGCAAGUGCAAGACUAAAUGUAUCCACACUUAACUAAAUCAAAUUUAAAACUCAAUAUUAUGUUUAUCAACACACACAUACCUACUAAAUAUUAAAGUGAUAUCGGUAAUAUCCAGCUUUUUAUACCGUCCCAAUUGCUUUCCAUUUACCUCAUUUUCUUUGCAUUUAAUCUCACGCUCGUUGCUCAGCAUCGUAAUCACACAUCCACAUCUACAUACUAUAUGCAUAUAUCUCAUUUCUCUUAAUUCUCUUGUAAUUAUAUUAGUCAAAAAUACUAAAAAAAAAAAAAUUAUAAAUAUAAAUGAUGUGAUAUAGUAUUUAUUAGUAAUAUCCAAGCGCUGUGGUUAAGAAUUUUGUUUAAAACCAACGAAAGUCGAUUAACAUAAUAAUUGUAUAAAAUGCAAUAUAAAUAGGAUUAUUUAAAAUAAAUUAUAAUUAAAAUGGCAUACUCUUGUUCAAAAAAAUUAGUCAAUAAUUGUGUUUAAAAGAAAUUAUUAUUUUUUAUAAAAUAUGAAAAAUAAAGGUUUACAACAAAUAGAUUUUCAGGGAUAUACAAAUUAUUAAUUCCUUUGUUGACAACAUUCAACAAUAAUGAUAGAAUGAAAUACUCUGGAAAUGUAUUCCGAAUGCCACUUAUUGGGACUCUCUGGGACUCAGGACAUUCAAUUUACCAAAUAAACAUUCGAUAGAAACUCUGAAUAUUAUAAUUAGCAAUAUUUGAUCCAUACAUCAAUUUUGUUUUGGCUUUUUAUUAAACGUAACUAAAAAUAAAAUACAGAUAUGAUAAAAAGUUGCGUAAGAAUAGGUUUACACACGGAAACUUGUGUUGCUCCUUAUGAAGAAAUUUUCUUUUGUUGUUACCCAAUGCAUCCACACGACAACCCGGGUAGGACAAUUUCUGCAUUCUCUUUCAUAUCAUAAUCUCAAAUUCUUGUAUGCUUCAUUUAAACUACACAAAAAUAUUUUUCAUAGCUGAUUUUUGUAAUUAUUCACUAAUUUCUAUUAUAUUUUGCAUAUUAUAUGCAAAAAUUGGAUGAUGAGAUUAAAAUUUCUGAACGUAAUGUAAAUAUUAAUUUCCGCGAUUGAAACCAUGGAAAGAAUUUCAAGAGGAAUGCUAACAAACUACGAGUGUGGACAACAAGAGUCUUCGGGUGUAAACCCUACCUGAUAUAAUAUAAUUUUUUUCCAACAAGAGAUGCCAAGUAAAAACAUAUUUAUGCUGACCGGUAUUUUGCAAAAAAUUUUCACAAUUUUUAAAGCUAAGUUCGACCAAUAGUGAUUAAUUCAAUUCAGAUAUUCGAAAUUAUUGCAAAUGAUUUUCAUAUAACUAGAAAAUUUGUACUUAUUAAGCAUAUAUUCCGCAAGAGUAGUAUUGUUAAGUUUAGAGAAAGUGAGCACGCGAGAAAGUGAGUAGAAACGGCUAAAGUAAGUACGUUUUUAUAUUAAACUUCUAUUACCAUUAUAUUCAUUGUAAUGCGAAAGAAAAAACAGUACUUUAUAUACAUUUAUAUUUUAUACGCCACCAAUACUCUUUAUAAUAUAAAAUUAAAUUAAUAAAUAAUAUAAAUAGCGUUCGAUGAUUUUUGUGUAACUGAAAUGUGUGCGAAGGCGUUGCUUUCGCUCUGUCAAAUAACCAAUUGAAUUUGUUGAUGUAUUUAUUUCUUACCUUUAUCUAAUUUUUUGAUGUCAUUCUGCGGUGCCCUGUAGAUGCCGUUACCAGGACUUAUGCAGCCGAUACUACGUCCAGCAAUGCCUUUGGGACCCCAUACUUCGCUACUGGGUGGUAAUAUGUUG